CUUGAUCAAUUGUCAUUCAUUUCCUCGCGACAGCCAGCCAAUUAAUAUUUCUUAUUUGUCUUCGCUAGCUCUCUGCGCAAUAUUAUCUUAGAUGGAACCAGCAGCAGCAGCAGCGGCACCUAGUAGAGUUCCAAAAUCUUUUGGCUGUCUUCCUCACCGAGGUCUCAAGUUAAGCCUCCAUCGUCUGAAGUCGUCAAAGUCCAGCUCCUCAACUUCUUCGAGCUCUCCCCGAACUCCAACGCAGAAAAAUAACAGUAACAGCAGUCGGGAAGACGAAUUUAGGCAAGUUUUUCAUUGUUUCGACAGCGACAACGACGGCAAGAUCUCAGCUCUGGAGCUGAGAGCUUAUUUUGGAUCGGUAGGCGAGUACAUGUCGCACGAGGAGGCUCAAAGCGUGAUCGACGAUCUCGACGCCGACGGAGAUAACCUAGUAGACUUGAAAGAUUUUCUGAAGCUGAUGAUGAAGAAGGAAGGGGAGGAAGACAUAAUAAAGGCAGCCUUUGAGAUGUUUGAAUGCGAGAAAGGGUGCGGGCGGAUAACCCCCAAGGGCUUGCAGAGAGUGCUGUCUCGCCUCGGUGACCCUAAAUCCUACAACGAGUGCGUCGCCAUGAUUCAAGUCUUUGAUACCGACGGCAAUGGGGAGCUCGACCUUCGCGAGUUUCAUCAGAUGAUGGCUUCACCUUGACUAUUCCAUUGAAAACCUUAAUUAUUUAAACCUGAUUAAUGCAGGAAACAAUUGAAAUAUAUGAAAAACAAGUACCUGCAUUUACCCGCUCUUGUGUGAGUUUUCAUGAGCACUACAGUUUACAAAUUGGUACAACAAGUGUAAUAACUGUGAACUAACAUCACACCCACAGCAGAACAUGAACCAAAAAGAAAAAGAAAAAUUGCACUCACAAGAACACAACACAGCACCAGUUUAAAAUCAAAACGAUUUUACUUCCGGCAGGGUUUCACCCAAGCCAAUUCACUAAUGAAUAGAACAAUCAAAUUACAACAAGGAUUACAAAGAAAUCAACAAGAAAUCAAACCCUAUCAUACAAUAUCAAAAACGACGAAGACACUGAGUACAAAUCUCCAAUAAUCA